AUGACUCGUAUGGGCUUUGCUAGCAAAUGGGUUGAUCUCAUUAUGAGUUGUGUAUCUACAGUUCACUACACAGUUGUUCAUAACGGGCAUGUGAUUGACUCUGUCUCCCCAUCCAAAGGUAUCCGUCAGGGAGAUCCACUUUCUACUUAUCUUUUCAUUAUAAGUGUCGAAGGCCUCUCAGCUCUUAUCCAGAAAUUUGAAGCUAAUAGACUUAUUCAAGGAUGUCGUGUUCCUCAACAGGCACCUUCUAUAACACACAUGUUUUUCGCGGAUGACAGUUACUUAAUUUGUCAAGCCACACGAGGUGCUGCUGAUAGUAUCUCAAAUCUCCUGCAUAUCUUUGAAAAUGCAUCUGGCGAGAAAGUCAAUUACACAAAGUCUUCGAUCUUCUUCAGCCCCAAUACCGAUACUACCAGUCGUAAUAUGGUUUGUGCUACACUCCAUAUGUCUGAAGCUCUUGAAUGCAGUCUCUAUCUAGGCCUUCCAAAUAUUAUAGGCCGCAACAAGAAUGUUGUGCUUGGCUUUAUUAAAAAUAAAGUCAUUGCUCGAAUUAAUAGCUGGGAUGGUAAGUUUCUUUCUCGUGCUGGGAAAGAAAUCUUACUCAAAACAGUCAUACAAUCUUUGCCAACAUAUGCUAUGAGUGUUUUUCUUCUUCCGAUUGGUACUUGCAAUGAGAUAGAAAAAUUGAUGGCUAGUUUCUGGUGGAAGACAAACUCCAGUAAAGGGCGAGGUAUUAUCUGGAUGUCGUGGGAUCGCUUAGCAACUCCUAAAGAAGAAGGUGGAAUGGGAUUUAGGCAUCUCCACGACUUUAAUCUUGCCAUGCUUGCCAAACAAGGUUGGCAAUUAUUGUGUAAGCCCGACUCUCUUGCUGGUAGAAUCUACAAAGCAAAGUACUUCCCAAAUUCUGAUUUCAUUUCAUCUGAUCUCGGACAUAACCCAAGCUUUGUGUGGCGUAGUAUUUGGGGUGCUAAGGAUUUGGUUCGGCUUGGGGUUGCUCGAGUUAUUGGUGAUGGUACAAGUACUAAAAUUUUGGGUUCUCCUUGGCUACCAUCAACAAGUAACAAAUAUGUCUCUUCUACUCAUCCUGGGCUUAGCACACACACUGCAAGUUCCCUAUUUACACCAAACAUGUUAUGUUGGGAUGCUGGAGUAGUUCGUGAUUUGUUUUCUCCCCAAGAAGUUGAUCUAAUUCUCAACAUUCCACUAAGUUCUACUGCUAGACCUGACUGCUGGUCUUGGACAGCAGAACACAACGGAAAGUUUACUGUAAAAACAACUCUUUGUUGGGCCUUGUGGAAAGCUCGAAAUAAAGUUUUCUGGAAUAAACAUAAGUCUACUGUCAAAGAAGUUCUGGCCAAUUCUUCUAUUACUUUUGAACAUUGGAGGAAAGCUCAAAAUAAAAGUGCUCUUUUAACACUGUCGUUUAGCAAUAGUGAUGAAGGGGCUGAGCUUUGGACACCACCUGCAACAAACAACCUCAAGAUAAAUGUAGAUGCGGCCCUUUAUCAACAAGACAACUCUUAUGGCUAUGGAGUAGUGGCGAGGGAUCAUUUAGGUAGGUUCUUAGAGGCCAAAACAUGCCAUUGUAAUGGCACCUACCCUUCCGAAGUGAUUGAAGCUUUGGGGUCAAGGAAGCUCUAA